CGGUCAUGUCGGGACUAUUUGGAACUCUGAAAUUGAUCUAAUCUCAUCCACACCAAUGGAGGGACUGGAGCGUCACAUUCGCUCUUGGUUUGCCUCUGAAAAGGCUGCAGAAAUAGAACAUGUCAUUUCGGCAUUAUCAUCCGGAGAAUCCUCUCUUCUCGAUAUCGUCAAAGCAUUAGGAGAGUAUUUAACCUCGGAGGAGGAUACUUUGCGCACGAAAGGAAUGUGGGCUUCAAGCGUCCAGUUUUUGUCGCUAGUCAUUGAGGGAUACCCGAAGGAAAAGCUCAACCGACAAGCAGUGCACGUCCUUGCAACUUUCUACUGCACGAAGUUGGAGGAUACCGAAACGAUCACGCCAGCUCUUAGAGGUCUCUCACAUCUGGUCAAGUCCCCUGCACUGGCAUCCUCUGACGUACCUGAUCUUCUCAACGCUAUGUUCACCCAUGUCAAGAUGAGAGUGCUGGUGCAAACAACUCGUUUCUUCGUUUUCAACACCAUCGACACGCUACUAAAGAGUCACCCGGAUGACCUCAAAGCCAUGGGAGAUCAGUUCGUGGAAGGCUAUGCUGCUUUGGCGUCGGGGGAAAAGGACCCUAGGAACCUGACGGUUGCCUUCGCCAUUGCCCGCGUGAUACUCACGGAAUUCGAUAUCUCCAAGCACGUGGAGGACUAUUUUGACAUUACCUUCUGCUACUUCCCCAUCACGUUCCGACCACCACCCAACGAUCCAUACGGGAUCAGUGCUGAUGAUCUCAAGUCUUCCUUGCUACCGUGUUUAAGCGCGACUCCUGCUUUCGGCCGUCUUGGAGUCCCCCUCUUUCUGGAAAAACUCACCGCUGGGUCACCUGUCACCAAGCGAGACACUCUCCGAGCUAUGUCUCAGUGUCUGCCUGUCUAUGGCCCGUCAGUGGCUCGUGAGUUUGGCACAAAGUUAUGGAGCGCCUUGAAGCUCGAGAUUUUCCAGCCAGUCGAUCCUGCCACAGAAAAGGCUUCGUUGGACACACUUCAAGUCUUCGUGCGCGUGUUGCAGUCUAAUCCGGUCGUCACUGACGAAGGUCAAUCUGAUAACAUGGACGAUCUUGUUCGGACAGUUUGCGUUGACUGUCUCGAAGCAAUUGGCGAGCCUGAAAAGCCGCAGGCGACAGCUGGAAUGAAGAUUCUAUGUUCAUUUCUUACCAUUGCCCAAGACCUGUCGUCGUAUGCAGUUGCACAGGCUGCAGACAAGCUAGUUACCAUCUUCCACGACCCUAUGGAAGUUUCGAAUCGCCCAUCCGUGAUUACUCUUCUGACGGACCUCCUCAAUUCCUUGGCACCACCUGAAGACCUGCCCACACCUGAUAAGCCCGUAGUAACAGAAAGUGGCUCUACCCCUUUGCUGCAAGACCUGCUUGCUCCUUCGAAAGAUGCCGUACUCGGACUGCUUAUUGUCGGGCUUAAGGCUCCCACCACUCGAGUGCCAAGCCUCCACGGGCUGGCUGCAUUAAUACGCAUACCUUCUGCGGUAACAAAGGACGAGCUAGGGUACAUAGUCUUGGAAGUGAGCGAGUUCGUCGGCAAAGAACCAGACGAGGCCGAGGAUGUCACUUCAGACGUACUGUCGCUACUGUCGUCUAUUGCUAUUCUCGCACCACAACAUCUCGCCUCACAACGUACAGAGUAUUGGCGCGCACUGAGCUCUUUGAGUCAGCUAUGUGCUCAUCCAGAGCUAUUCGAGACCUUCGUGAUUCGGCUUACGACAAAAUUGGACUUGCUCCGUUCCCCAUUGCCCACCGCUUUAGCUGAUCCUCCUCCCGCAUAUAUACCGGAUGCGAAGGAAAUGGAACCUACUGCAGCAUAUGCUCACGCUAUCCUGACUGCCCUCGCGAAUACACUAUCGGCGAAGGUUUCCAAAUCACGUCCUGACGCUGACGUUCCAGAGUAUAUAAACACACUUCUACCUCAUUUGUUCCGACUAUGUCUCGAGGCUGCUAUUGUAAAUGACGAGCGAGUAUUCGCAGACAUUCGCCUCUUGCGUGUAGUCGCUCGUGUAAUAAGGUCACAAAACAAGUUUUUCAGUGGCUUGGACAGUGCUUAUCUCGGCGGACAAGUAAAAUCGGUCACGGGUGGGGAGUUCGCCUUUUCGUCAGAGGAAUUUAAACCCAUGGAUGCAGGAGCAAGUACUCGCCAACGCAACACGGUGCUACUCUAUGCAGCAGCACAUGUCCCGAUGAAAAGAGAUGUUUCUUUAGAUGCUAUCAGGCUAUCCGGGCGCCUCGCGGAUCUCAUAACUUGGUGCAGUUCUGAUAACUGCACACCAUCGCAGAGGGAGGCAGCGUCGCACGUGCUUGCUUCGUUGGUUAAUAAGCGCGCUGACGACAUCCCUGAAUUCUUAGACUAUCUGCUUGAUAACUAUUGGUCCAACGUUGUCUACAACCGUACCAUUUCUGUCGGCGACCGACGGAAUGCAGUGGCACUCUGGGCUUCGAUCACGAGAGCUUUACUCGUUCGAUCGCAUCCGUCCGCAAUGGUCCUUACCGACAAGCUUUUUAUUCUCAUCGACGACGGAGACGACGUUGGUUGGGAAGCUGCACACGCACUUGGAAUGCUAGCUACCAGGGAUGAAGUUCUCACGAAACGCAACCACGCGAUACUCAAGAUAUUGUAUGCACAGAAGUACCUCGACGCUGUGCUACCGAGGAUAUUAGAAGCAGCACAAGCUGUCACUGGAUCCAGGCGAGAGGCGGCAUACCUGGUCGCACUGGCAUCUGUGUUAAACGCAGUUCCUAAAGCCUUGUACCUAUCUCAAAUGCCAAAGUUAAUGCCACUUCUCAUCCGCGGCCUCGGCCUAGAAGACCCUGCACUCCGCGUAGAUAUCAUAAAUAUUUUGACGAACACCGUCGACGCUGCAUCGGACGAGAAGAGUUCCUUAACAACAUAUGCAUCUGCAUUGGUCCUUGUAAUGCUCAAGAACAGCAUGGUGGCAGAAAUGCCAGAUUCCAGAGUUCGCAUUGCAGCACUGAAAUACCUUGCCCUCCUACCGGGCGUGAUACGUUACGAUAUCCUCCAUCCUUACAAGGUUCAGGUACUGAAGGACCUUGGCAAGGUAUUGGAUGACCCACGGCGAGCGGUACGAAAGGAGGCAGUAGAUGCAAGGACUAAAUGGCAAGUUCAUACGCGUGUUUCCAGUCUUCGCACUAACUGACGAACCGCUUUAGGUAUAAGUAUACGGGAUGAACGAAUAUACUAGACAUAUGGGAAAGACCAUGCCGCUGACCGCUACGGCUACAGACUGCGCAAGCCAAUUUGCCGGAGGACCCAAUGGCCAGCCAUCGGAUGUCGCGGUAUAGUGGUAGCUACCAUACACGUUGUACUUGAGAGCAAAUAUUUAGGUUGGGCUAGAUGCCAUGCGAGCAAGUCAUUGCUAUUGGAAGGCGUAACUAAACAUGAAGUUGGGGUGCCUACAAAGUGCCUAGAGCCCUGCAAUGAAUUGCUGUAAUUUAUCACCUUGCUUGUGAACCUACAAAGCAAGAUCCCCUAGUCUUGGUUUCGUUCACAAAACGUACAC